AGGCAAUAGGAAUAAGAAAUUGAAACUAUUCACCAAUAAAUACGCGGAAUAGAAAAUAUUCGCCAAUAGGAGCAAAGAAUAGAUACUAUUUCUGUUCUUAUUGCCUGUUGUUUAGCAUUGUGUAAAGGUCUUUAGAAAGAGACAAACAUACUUUCUUUCACUCUAACUAAUUGCACUAGUGCAGCAGUGCAGCUGAAAAGAACAGACCCAGAUACACGUGCUUGAAAUAUCCGCGCGUAUGCGGACAACGAUAUUUUUAUCACGCGCAUGCGGGGUCACGUGUCAUGUAUUUGACGGGCGAAGUGGGGGACCUGUAUUGAAGAUUGUGCCAGACGCCCUACGUGGUUAUACGUACAGACAAGUAUUAUACAACACGUUCCGAAAAAGGCUCUUGUGAACGAGAGGAGAGGGCGAUUGUUUACCGCGAGAGAGUUUCUUCGAUUUAUUUAACAUGACGUCGGUGGACUCGGGAGUGGAAACCGGCAACGACUCGAAUGAUAGCUCGGGCGUUCAACACGAGAACCAGCAGCAGCACGUCCAGGUUACCAGUAGCAGCAUCAAGCCCUUCAAUAAUGAGGAAUUAAGAAUACAGAUUGAUAAGCCAAUCCCGCGCUUGUGUCUCGAUAGUAAAGGUUACUCCGACUUAUUAAGAACAAAUACAAAUGAGAAUAGCGUUUUGUUGCAAUGUAUCGCCAAUUGUUGGCGAUCAGACGCCUUAACGGAUUUUAAUCAACAAAGAACAAGAAUGCUGCAGGAUAGUGCCAGAAAAAGUCUGAUAUCGAAAAUGAAAUCUAAGCAAGAACUAAUAACACCAAGAACAUUUGGACCAUAUGGAAGUAAAAUUGUUGAUUAUAACUCUUAUUGUACCAAGAUAAAAUCACGAAUAUCUCGAUGCAGAAGAUCAUUUAAUAGUUUGAAAGAUUGGCAGAUUUAUCAUAUUGGGUUAAGGAUGCGAUUGGCUGCUACUGUAAAUAAUACCAUGUUGAUGAGCUCACUCUUGCAGUCUGGUGUAUCACCAAACUGUUCUGAUAGUGAUGGGCGAACACCACUUCAUCAUGCAGCUUGCAGGGGUUAUACAGAGAUGGUCCAAUUAUUAUUGGAAAAUGGUGCAGAUCCAAAUCAACGUGAUUGUAUAGGCAAUACUCCAUUGCACUUAGCAGCAGUUACUAGCAAAAUAUCGGUAGUAACAUUACUUUUAACAGCUGGUACUAAUGUUCUUGCAUUAGAUAAAUAUGGCUAUAAUCCGUUGCAACUCGCGAAAGCGAAAUUAAGGAUGUUAUAUCGGAAUUAUAAGAAUAAUGAUAUGGAUAAAGUCAAGCAGGAGAUGCAUGAGAUAAUUAACAUGUUAUUGGCAUAUUUGCUGAAACAAAAAAAUAUGCAAGAACAGGUAGAGACAUUGAGCAAUUUCUGCUCACGACUCUCUUUAUCCAACACUUCGGAUCAAGUUCAGGAUGAUGUGAAAGAUUUAUUAGCCAAUAUAGAUUCUCUUAAUAUAACUGAUUAAUUGCUUUCUGCAGAAUGUGAUAGUAUAAUAUUACACACAUUGUUCAUAAGUUGAGUAAAAAUCUUCUGAAAUUUUU